AUGGCUUCGUCACUGGCUGUGGCCAGACGCAUAGGCGUACCUUCUGCUCGACGUGUCUUCUCGUCUGCUCGCACUUUGAGGAGCGAGACGACUCCGAAUCUUGGAACACCGCCGGCGCCCAAGAGGCCAGUUGGCGGCAUUCGCGGCGGUAUCAUCGGCUUUCUGGCCGGAUUCUCUCUCGCUUCGUCUUAUGCUGUAUUUCGUCUACUUGAUGAAUACAAAGAAGCAUCAAUCGCGCUGCAGGCCAGCGUGGACGAGUUGCAGAAGAGCUCAGAAAAGAUUUCUGCGCAUGUUCGUCGUAUCGAGACAGUGGAGAAGGAUCUCAAGGCGCUCUCGGACGCUUCAAGUAGCAAAGCCGAUCUUUCUCGCCUGAGAGCCGAAGUGAAGAAGAUAUACGAUGGGCUACAUAUCGAGUUCCUCGACUUGCGAACCUUUGUGUGGGGUUUACAACAAGAUGUCCACUCCCUGACGAAAGCUAAACCUCCACCCCCACCGCCCGUGUCUGACAAGAAGCUGGUGUAA